AUGCGCAGCGCCACGCUCGCGUGGCGGCGAUCAUGGCCAAUCUCUCCAUAUGACACGUUCCAACAGUGGGAUGCCCCCACCCCCGGGAGUUUCCACGGAACACCAGCCUUACCUUCGAACUUUAGCUACAUUAGCUCUCACCACGGCGGCCCAUAUGUGCGCUACUCCACCCCAUCCCAAAUACAGGCUAGGCUUCCCUUGCUAGGGUUGGAUGACUGGGAGGAGGAAAGAGCAUAUGAUGAGCAGCCACCCAUCUGUAUUCACUACUCUAUUGAGUGGAAGCUUGCAUUAAAUAAGCGGGUUGUAGUAAGCGAUACGGAGCAAAACUUGGUGUUAGCUCCCAGUGCCUACUGGGACAAAUUCCUCAACCCAAAACUAGAAAGGGUUGUUGGGCAGAAAUUUUCUCGUGACCAGCGUGUUCGUCCUGAUGACACUGCAAUAACUGUUGCAAUCAACGACCGUUCCGAACAUAAUCUUACUAAGCGGUUUGAGAAGACCAAUAUUAAUUGGUCCCUCGUAGAGGAUCAGCUGCUGGACUGGGGCGACUUGUUCCGUGCUGGGAAGAAACUUAGGCUGAUUAUUACAUUCUAUUAUCUUGGGGACAGUCGAUCAUGUCAAAAAAAGGGAGAUAAAAGAGGAUCAUCAGCGACCCAAAGGAUGCAAGUGGAGAUGGAGAACCAGCUAAAUGCUGAACACACCUCUGGCUUGUCUAGUUCUUGGCGGCAGGUCUAUCAACUAAUGCGUUGUCGUGAUAAGGCCUGUAAGCAAGGAGUGCACUGCUUUGAGGACCCUGUGUCCCAAAAGCACUUCCCGCUGACUCAGCAUCACCUCUCAAGUCUCAUUGAUUUUGUUAAUGGUGGUGGUAUCUUGCGUACCGAAAAUGACAUUCCUGAUUGGUUCCAUGAACAGCUGAAGGCAGAGGAAAAGAUCUUGAAGACAAAAUCUAAGGAUAAAGCUACGACGCCGGCUGUAGUUCCAGAUACACCACCUUCAAGCACAUCACGGUGCAAACGUCUUGAUAUUGCUGGGCCUCGAGAUGUAGCGGUCAGGAACUACAGCGAGUGGCAUGCGUCAAAAGUGAAUGACUAUGACCUCAAGAAUGAUUACCGAAAAGCGUGUCAAGUGGCACUUAAGAAUUGCCUUGAUUUGCAACAGAUCCUUAAUCGCCCAGAUCCAAACUUUUUCAUAGAGAGAGAGGUGAAAAUAGGCACGGCCCAUCGCUUCGUUGAUGACAUUAUUGAAUGGGCUGAAAUUUGCAAAGAGCAGAUGGAUUACUCCGAGUUUGAUUGA